AUGGCGUCAGGGCAUCUGACCAGACCUCUGGUUGCGGCCGGGUGUUGCCAGUGGCCAGACCAAGAUAGUUCCCCGGCCAGACCCACGUUCCCUGUCGGCUUUCGCAUCCCUGUGUCGCCCGAGAGCGGAGAGCAAGGCUGCAUGGGCGAUCAGCAGCGGCAACGAGCGUCGUGCGAGAUGGGUCAGAUCGCAACGUUGGGCGGGUCAGUAAGGGCGAGCGCUGCUCUGCAGGAGGCAGCGUUGGCGGGCAGGGAGGACAUGCGGCCAACCUCCGAGCAAGCAGACAUGGACAGGCACCGCGUGCCACGCAGACGGAGAGGGAGACGGAUACCAACGACCCGCAAGGUCGCGGCGAUUGGCGGCCACUGGGAUUCUCGAAAGCAGGCGGAGUGUCUCGCGGAUCGCAGCAUUUUCUUGCGACUGCGAGGCGUCGGACAGGCCGCCGCAAUCGUGGCGGGAUCGCCGGGUGGAAAGAGGGCAGACAGGACAGACAGGGCAGGAGGAGAGGAGGAGGAAACAUUCCUCCGCCGCCGAGCGGAUUCCGAUGGCGAGAUAGGAUACCAACAGGAAGGAUGGGAUGCCAGCAUAAUCGACUGGAUCCCCAUCGGAUCCCGAUGGAGCCUGCAGACUUUGAUCGCUGAGGCACCUUGCACAGACCAGGGGGUCCUCGGAGCGCGGGGACAGGAUGUUGUCGGAAGCAGACAGGUUGAUCGAUGUCGGUGGUGA